GCGGCGGCCGCUGGAAAGCGAUGGACUCCACAGACCUGCGAGCCUACGUAGGGCUGCUCAUCCUAGCCGGCGUGUACAGGUCCCGAGGCGAAGCGGCCUCUAGUCUCUGGGACGCCGAGAGCGGAAGGACCAUUUUCCGCGCAACCAUGCCGCUCAAAGUCUUUCACGCUUACUCGAGACUCCUUCGCUUCGACGACCGCCAGACCAGAGCCGAGAGACGCGCAGCAGGCGGCGGUGACAAACUUGCGGCCGUGAGAGAGGUCUGGGACAAGUGGGUCGAGAGGCUGCCGCUCCUCUACAACCCCGGGCCCGACGUGACGGUGGACGAGCAACUGGUCCAUUUCAGAGGCCGAUGUCCUUUCCGCCAGUAUAUCCCAAGCAAGCCGGCCAAAUACGGCAUCAAGACCUGGGUGGCCUGCGACUCCAAAUCCAGCUACGCCUGGAAGAUGCAGGUCUACACCGGCAAGGCCACAUGCGGAGGCCCCGAGAAGAACCAGGGGAUGAGGGUCGUGCUCGAUUUGACGCAGGGACUCAGGGGUCACAACGUCACCUGCGACAAUUUCUUCACCUCAUACGAGCUCGCGCGCCAGCUCCUGACCAGGAACGUCACCCUGGUCGGCACAGUCAGAAAGAACAAGCCAGAGCUCCCGCAGGCGCUGCUCGCCUCAAAGGACAGGCUCCUCUUCUCCUCCAAGUUCGCCUUCACGCCCACCACCGCUCUAGUGUCCUACCUGCCAAAGAAAAACAAGAACGUCUUACUCCUGAGCACGCUGCACACCGAGGCUCACGUUAGCCGUCGCCAGGACAAGAAGCCGGCCAUCGUCCUAGACUACAACAGCAACAAGGGAGGUGUGGACAACCUAGACAAGGUGAUUGGAACCUACAGCUGCAGGAGGAUGACCGCGCGCUGGCCCCUGGUCAUCUUCCACAACAUCCUUGACGUGUCCUCUUACAACGCUUUUGUCAUAUGGCGAGAGCUCAACCCCACUUGGAUGCCUGGUAAGCGAAACAAGAGGAGGGUGUUCCUCGAGCAGCUGGGAAAGGCACUAGUGACUCCGUUCAUACAAAGAAGGGCCUGUCUCCCUCGCACCGAAGCCUCUGCGGCGCUCGUCAAAGCUGUUCAGAGGGCUACGUAUCGUGAUCAGCCCCGGCGGGAUCACGCCCCCGCAGCACCGGACCACGCACCGGCCCAAGUACCCAACCCCGCAAAACCCAGUAAGAGGAAGAGGUGUCAGCACUAA